CGCUUGCGAAAGAAAUCGUUCGGAAACAAUGAUUUUUGCGGGAGCAGCAACGUAGUGAACGGUUAAACGUUUCCAUCGGUGGUUGUGUCGCGUGAAACACGAGAACCGUUCGUAAUCCCAGUGUAAACAUCGUGUCAGGACGUGGAAGAAGUGGUUGGUGAUUUGACGACAGACGUGUACGGUCAAGCGGCUCGCGUGUAUAUAAACGUGUACGUUCACGGGUAUUCUCUUCGGACGUUAACGGCAGCCCGAGAUCUCGAAUUCUCUUUCCGCGGGAAAAACCACGGUAGAAUACAUACCCGUGGGAACAAGAUUUCCAUUUCUGAGAAACUAGCCCACGACCAUGGCGAUUCCCGGACUCGAAAAGCGCGCGAUUUGAAGCGGUGCGUGUUCCCUUCGUGACAGUCAAUCCUCUCGAUGAAAUCUCCGAAGAUGACGAGAUCGGCGGAAUGUGGCGUGAUCGUGUUGUCGUUCCUGGCGACGAUCUGUCAGGCCAACGAACUCAAGGACUACUGUUCCAUGCACAAAUUCGACAAUUUACCGGGCGGCCUGAGGUUCACCAAAGAAGUCGUGACCACGGAAUACGCGAACAUCGGGGCGUUCAAAGCUCUUCACUGCUGUCUACGUGGUUAUAGAAGCAUCGAAUGGUACAAGGACAACAGGGCUUAUCCUUGGCCAGGCGGCGAGAGUCACUUUAUUCUGUACCCAGAGAGCGCGAACCAGACGAUCUACACGCAGAAGGUGAGGGCUUCGGACGCCGGAAGGUAUUCCUGUCGAGCCAGGAACGACACGACCAUCCUCGAAGGAGACAUCACUCUCGCGGUUCUCGGUGAGAAGUCUGGAGGAUACACGGGUAAACCUUUGCCAACGUAUCGGCCAGCCUCGCAGCUGGUCCCACUGGGAGGCGCGGCAAGAUUGUUCUGCGAAGCUUAUCUCGGUAAAGUCGAGCUGCCGGACGCGAAGAAUUCGGUGACCUGGUCGAAAAGCGACAGCAACGUCACGCUGCCCAGUCACGGGAGGAUCGCCCAGCACAGGGUGUCCAGGGAAAACAAUCAGAUCAUCGGCUCUUAUUUGGAGAUCGAAGACAUAACUCUGGAAGAUUACGGGGAGUACAAGUGCGAAGUUAGCAACGGCGUGGACGAGGAGAUCACGUUACCUGCUCACGUUUACCGACAAGAGCCGCAGUUCGCGCUUGGCCUUCAAAACGGCUCCUGGAGGAAGUCGUUUCUGCUCGGUGUGCUGUUCCUGCUCCUGUUGAUUUCGGCGGGCGCGUUUUACGCGCGUUGCUGGCUGCCGAUCGCGCUGCUCUGCCGCGACAAAUUCGCCCCACUCGAGGAGAACGACGGAAAGGAAUGCGACGCUCUGGUCUGCUACCACGAGAAGGACUCCAGCCUGGUGAUCGGUAUAGUGGUGCCCACCCUGGAGACCAGGCAUCGGUACAAGUGCACCGCCCUGGAGCUCUCCCAUCUGAAUCAAAACUGGAGCCUGGAGAUCGGUCCUCACGCAGCAUCCAGCCGAAGGGUGAUCGUGGUCCUUAGUCCCGCGUCGUUAGGCAACAUUUGGAACGAGGCCAGCGUCGGGACGGUCCUGAAGCAGCUGUCCACGCUCGCGAACCGAACGAUCGUGAUAGCGACGAAGAAUUUACCGAGCGUGACGACGAUCGCGAAACGAUCGACCAGAGGAUGCAACGACACCGGCGAGCUGUGCCUCGAUCGUUUGCAGAUCUUGUGCUGGAACGACGGAGAUGGCGCCACCGGGGCAAGCAACCGGAAGUUCUGGUAUCGGCUUCGAUUGGCGAUGCCACCGGUCCGACCGAUGGGUAACGAGACAGGCUGUCAAUCAGUCGCCAUGAUCGUCCAGGCGAACGGAAAAUGUGGACAGCAGAAGGCUCGAUCGCGCGAGAGCCUCGAGGUUCUUGUCUAAACUCGCGGUGGAAUCGUGUCGACGAAUCACUUAACCGAUUCAUCCGUUUCUUCCUUUCCUUCCGUCACGCCGAUCAGUUAACGGAAACCGUAUCGAAAUCUCGAAACGGUUCGCUCGUUCUUCCUCUGGAACGCAAAAACGAUCGAUGUGUUCGAUAAUCGAAAGCUUGCUCGAUUAUCACUUCCUCGAAUCUCGAACAACUACGCCUGGAUUUCCUCGAGCCGUGUGUAGAGGUGAAAAAAAAAAAUGUAAUUCCUCUGCAACGGUGUAUAGCAUUUUACUUGCGCAUUUUCUUUUAGGUCUGAAAUUCAACCUAGCUUGACGCUCCCGGAUAUUCGAAUCCGAGGAAAGCUAUCUUAUAACGGCACCGUUGAAGUUUCUUUCCCCGAAGUGGGUUUUAUCCACGACUGGUUCAAAUUUCACAAUCGUAUAUCGAUGAAAGUUUCAAUAACGUCCAUCUCGUAGUAGAUCACGUGUUUCCUGCACGCAUUUUCUCUUCCCUGGUUCACUUUUCUUGUAUCCACAAAAGUAGAUCUAAUAUUCUGUCCUCGUGCAGGAUACGAGAGGAAAGUGGAGAAACGGACGAAUCCCGCCAGUCUUCCGUCUUGCGAGGCGAAGUUUUAGGACGGUCCUGUCCACACAGGUGGAGCUGCGUCGCGUCUGCUACGGGGCGCCAUAUUCGAAUCCAUAAAAAUACCCCCAAAGUAAAUACCGAUCGAGCCCCUCCCGACACCGUGCCGGACAGGAUUGCCUUAAAUCGGGGCGAGACAAAGAAAAAGAAAAGAGACCGAGUAGAAAGCGAAUCUCGUCUGUGCUCGGCGUAGCACACGCAAUCGGUGUGUCACGCGAGCCUCUUUUCUCUGUUUGUAUAUAUUGGAUACAUAUCGGUGCUCCUUUAUUUAUUUAGUUAGCCGUGUAUUUUAUUUAUAACCGUUUAGGUUCAUCGGGUUUACGAGAGACGACGGACACGGAAACGCAGAGCGAUCUGCAUUUCCGGGCGCCAUGUUUCUUUCGCGCCGCGAGUCGAAACGAAUAUCGUAGAUAUUUUAUACUGUUUUGUACAUACAUGUAAAAGGGGGAGAGGAUAUAUAUAUAUAUAGAUAUAUACAUACUUAUACGUAUAUGUAUAUAUAUACGCAAAACACACACAUACGUAUGUUUUUAUAACAAUUCUCGGAGGAUUAUCACCGCGUCGAGGAACUUACGAAAGACUUAGAACAUAACUUGUAUCCGGGAACCGUGACGUAAACGAUAAUCCUGUCGUUCUAAUUUUAAGCUGAAACAUUACCUGUAAUCGUAUAUACAGGGUGGCCCGUUUUAAUCUACGAAUUUCGUUUACAAUUCCACCUACGAAUAAAAUAUAUCGAACGGUUACCGAACCACCGAUGCGAUAUACGAUACGGAUACCGCCCCCCCCCCUGUCGAGUGUAAAUAGAUUAAGAUGGGUUACCGUUGAUGCCGUGUUAUAUAUUGUAUACCACGUUUCCGCUUGCCGGCGGUACCAUACGGCUUUAUUGUACGCGCAUUGUACUAGCCCGUUUAAUUGAGUGUAAGUGUACUUUAGGUGUCGCACAGACAGACCCGCGAGGUGAGCUUAAUUUUAAUGUCCAUAUGGUAAUCUCUUUACUGUCAGUAUUACGAUACACUAGUGUACUUGUCUCGCGACGGGCCACGCAUGCGCGACAGAUACGCGUCGCGAGGGAUCGUUGCGAGCCGAGUAAGCAGAGAGGUAUAGACGUAGAAGUUGAACUCGUUUGUUCGUUAGCGAUAGAACACACAUAUACACACACACACACACACACACACACACAGGUGGUUACGACACGAAACGGUUGAGCACGCGCGUUUACGGAGAAAUAUACCGCGUUUUUAUUUUCUUGUAUUUUUUCUUUUUUUAUAUAAAUGUACACCUGUAUAUUUUUUUGUUUAUAGCGACGAUUCUAGGAUUUCCUACAGGGGAACAGACCCCGUUUCCGUUUUCAUAGUCGCGCGCACCGGUAGGAUCGUCGUGUUUUAAUAAGGCUCCGAGUACCAAAAAAAAAAA